UUUGUGCUGUUGAGUUUCGCUUCUGAGAAGAUGCUUGUUUCUGAGAUGAUCAUAGUAGGAAUUGUAUCUUACUUAUAGCUGCUAGUACCGUAGUCCUACUAAUAACUGGUCAGCAGGAACCACCUCAAAGAGGCAAAAUAGGCAGGGAAGAAGAGACGAAGAAGAAAACGAGUGACUUACAACAGACACAACAUUGGAAACUUCCUAAUCAAAGACAUUCCAAUAAGCUUGCCAAUUAAACAACGAGAAUUUCUUCCUCUCGCUCUUUCUCUCCAUCACACACACACACAUACAUAUAUUUCCGGGAUCCAAAGUAAUUUGCUAACGUGUUUAUAUUAUAUAUAUUUAAUGUGUUGAUUUUUUUUUUCAAUCACUAUUGAAGUGAGGUGGAAAGUAACUCAAAAAACGAUUCUUCUCCACCAACGCAUAAAGAAAGAAAAAGUAGAAUCGAAAGAGUAGGGAUGACUGAAUGGUCAGUAUUUGGGUGAGAUCGUUCAUUAGAUUAUUAAACUGUUGACUUUUCUUCUUCUUCUAUCCCUGUAUUCCUUUUCUUGGUCAUUCAUUUUUUUCAAGUCACUAUUUUGUGGUCAGCCCAGGUUAAAUAGUCUGGUGCUCUGUGAUAACUAGUGGAUGGAUGCAUGGAUACUUCACAGAUAGAUAUAUUAUAUUCUGGUUUGGCAUUAGAAUAUCUGAUGACUGAAUUAAACUCUGGUGAGAGAACUGAGUUUUAUAUUUAAAGAACUUGCUGCGUUUAUAAGGAGAGAGAGAGAGAGAGAGAGAGAGAGAGAGAGAGAGAAGAGGAAAGAUAUCAAUCUAGAUAGAAUAUCAUAUAUACAUGAUAAACGCAUAUAUUUGAUCAAACAUAUAUAGUUCAUCUAUCUAUACAUACAUAUCUAGUUAAAGAGCGAGUAUUCCUUAGCAGUCCUGUCCUUUUUUUCUGUCUCUCCUCCUCUAUUAUCCCUGCUUCUCUUCUCUCGUUCUCUAACCCCCACCCUCUUUAUUCGUUCUGUGUCACAGUAUCUUCACUGUCCUUCAGUGAUGGUCCGGGAAUACAAUCGACCACUAUCUCUGGUUGUCAUGGCACUAUUUUAUUCAUUUAUCAUUUAUUGAGCAAAGAUGCUGCUGCUAACAAGGAAGAAGCUACGACCGAAUUAGGCGCAAGGGAAAGAGAAGGGGGAAAAAGAAAAAGAAGAAGAGGGAAGAAAACAACGUGAGUAGAGCAGAAAGUGAGUGGGAUAAAAAAAAAGAAAAACAAAAAAAAAGGACGAUAGGAAGAAAUAGAAGGAGAGAAAAAACGAGAGAAGGGGGGAGGAAAAAUAGUGAAUCAAAGAAGAAUGAAAGAGAUAAUAAUAAUUGUUAUAACAUUGUAAAAAGCAAGUCAUGAGAGCACCGUUAUCUUAUUUAAUGUUGAUUUAAGGCCGGGAAUCUAAACGUAUAAGAACACACACACACAUUUAUAUAUAAUAUAAAUAUUAUUAUAUAUUUACACUGAGUGGAUUAUUUAGUGAGACAGGUGAGAGACGAAAAUUUUAACAAGAACAACAGCUACAACGUUGAGAAAAUCGCUUCUAAGAUUUGUAGCUUUCGAGUCUUUCGACUGUUGUAACUUGGAUAUAUAUAUAUAUAUAUAUAUAUAUAUAUAUAUAUAUAUAUAUAUAUAUAAUAUAUAUAUAUAUAUAUGUAUAUUAUGGAGUAUUGAGUAUAUAGAAAUUUUUACUUAACGACGAAAAUCGGAGGCAUUUACCAACAAUUUGCAGAAAAAGAAAAAAAAAAUUGCAACUCGAGAUUUAUAGUUUCGAGCCUGCUGUGUAAACGUGCAAGAAAUCAAGGGUCGACACAAUUAAAUGUAGAGAAGGAAAUGAGAAAUAAAUCAUUGUAGUCUAUGAUAAAGAUUACCACUGCUUACUGAAGAAUAUUAUCACAUUCCCACCUCCACCUGGGUUUUAGACAUAAUGGCAGUCUAUCCUUAAUGGAGAAAACAGCCGUUCCAGUUCUUGGUAGCUGUUGAAUGAGGAUUAUUGAAAGAACAAGGAAGAAGCAGCCAUGAACAGCUUGUGCUAAUGGAUUAACUAUGCCACUGUCUGUCUCUGAAGAAGGCCAUGAUGCUCAGGAUUCUCUUUCAGAUGACCACCAUGAUGCGUAACCAGUCACCGGCAAUCAAUGAAAAUGAUGUCCGCAUGAGGAGCAAUCGGCCCAGCAAAGAUAACAAAGAGAGCAAAGAGACAAAAGACCAACCAGUCCAGCAACAGACACCUCAGAAUGAAUCGCCCGAAGAAGCUGUUAGUCCAACAAGUUCCCCAACCCAUACACGAGAAAGACGAUUUUCAACAACAUGCUGCUUCUGCUGGUGCUGUACACCUCCAUGUUUCUCCAACCUAGGUAGCGGAAGAAGUUCUAAGGGAGAUAAUUCCCCUAAUUCAAAUAUGGUUGUGAAAAAUGAUCAACUCUCUCAGAGUAGAUCAAAAGAACUGGAUUCUAACAGCGACAGAGAAGAACUUUUAUCAUUAGAAGAUAUGAAAAACUGGUCUGAAUCUUUUGACCGACUUAUAAGAAGUAAUGGUGGUCGAAGAAAAUUUCGAGAAUUCCUUCGAAUGGAAUAUAGUGAAGAAAAUAUGUUAUUUUGGCUAGCAUGUGAAGAACUGAAGAGGGAACAAAAUUCUGAAUUAAUAGAAGAAAAAGCCAGAUUAAUAUACGAAGAUUAUAUUUCUAUACUGUCUCCAAAAGAGGUUAGUCUAGAUUCCAGAGUAAGAGAAGUUAUAAACCAAAAUAUGUUGGAUCCAUCUCCACAUACAUUCGAUGAAGCACAAUUGCAGAUAUAUACUCUGAUGCACCAAGAUCCUUAUCCACGCUUUCUUAAUUCUCAGCUCUACAAAAAACUCAUCGAGGAGGCCUCCUCGUGAGAGAAGACCUGAACUAAAAACAAAGCUCUGUUCUAGUUUUUCCCCCCAUUUGCUACAAGGAAACUUGCUGCAGCCAAUCAGAAGCUUCACUGACGGUCACUGAGACAGAAAGUGAAGGCACUCAUAACUAUUUCUACCUGUUGAGACCAUUAUCUGGCUAUGACAAAGAUGACAACUGUUGACCUGUACUGUGCUGGUAAUGAAGAUCUUUGGCCUCCAGCUCACACUGCUAGCCAUUUUGUAUAUGUGGGUGUGAAUAUAAGUGUGUGUGUGAGUGUGAAUAUGUGUGUAUGUGCAUGCAUGUGUGCUUGUGUGUGUGUACCACCAGCACGUGUCUAUAUGGCAGAUUAUGGCAGAUACAGUCAUUGUUGUCAUUGCUGUCGUUGUUGUUGUUGUUGUGAUUUAUUGUUGUUGUUGUUAGUGUGCAAGGAGGACUUAACAGUGCAGUAAUUGGACUGCACAUCUGAACUUCAUUCUUUUGUCAUCUCUUGUAUAUUUUACCUCAGUGCUUUUUUGGAAGCAUGUUCAGGAAUUUUUCAGAAAGAAAAAUAUUGACAGAGAUACAAAAUUCAAUGCAUUUGUGAGUAAUACAUCCAUAAGUGCACACAUACACAGAUAUGCAUUUUAAUAUUUACAUACGUGCAAAUUUUCACACACUAGUCACUCAAUUUUUGGAAGGCAAGGAGUAGUGAAAAUGUAUUUAUUAUUCUCCGAUAAUAAUGUGUUUUGAUUUAUUCUUUUUUUUUUCUAAAUUAAUUUAACGAUAUUUUUAAAACAUUUUUAAGUAAAAUUAGGCUUCCUAAUUAUAAACACAUAUUCACACACACAAUUUAUCACUUCCACAUUCACAUACAUGUAAUUAUAUACACCAAUGUACAUGCACAUACAUAUACUUGUUACAAAAGGAUUAAAAUAUUGAACAUUAUUACUAAGAAUUUGAAGAAAAUUUCAAAGUGGGGAGGGUAUUAUUUUUUUCUUUUCAAUUUAUUUGAAUUUGUCAAUAAAGAAAAACUCUUUCAAUCUUUUCAAAUGAAUUCUGAAAUUUAAAAACAGUUAAUGAAAAUCUCAUUAAAUCAAGAAUACUAAGUGUCCUUGCUUGUUUUGGAAAGGACUAACUUUUUGGUUUAUAUAUAUAUAUCAGUCUUAACUAGAGGUGUUAAGGACAAUGAGAGACUCAUCAGAAAAUGAAAGAAAAUAAAAGGAUUAUGGCAUCCCAAAAUGAUAGACCCAUGAAAUGGGGGCAGGUAGGGAGAUGGUUCUUUUGAGAGUAUCUCGCUAGAUUAUUAAGAAAAUUAGAACAACUUGAUAAAACAGCCACAAAAACUUGUUUUGUCAUUUUUGUUUUGUUUUUUUCUUUGUCUAUUUCUAGUUAAUGCUAAUGAUAAUUAUAAGAGCAAGGGGUGGGAUAAAAAAUGUAUAUAUAUAUAUAUAUAUAUAUAUAUAUAAAUUAAGAAAACUGGUGCAAUAUGGGACAUUUUUUCAAUGGGGUAUAUAAUUUUACAUCACGCAUUCAUUAAGAAAAAUGCAUAUCUCUCUCUCUCUCUCUAUCUAUCUAGCUACAUGCGUAUCCAAAACACAUGACAAAAACAAAGAAAAGAAAACCACACUUAUUUAUCUGUGAAUAUUUAUGUGCAAUUUUUAUACAUUUCUCUAAAAAGUAUUUUAAAAUGCUGAAAUACAACAUGGUAGAAACACAAAAAAAAGAAAAACAAAUGAAAAAACAUACAGACGCCGACCUUUUUUUCAUUUCUUGUUUUCUUUCACCCCACUCCCCCAUUACCUAUCAACCUAAAAUGAAUCUAAAUUAUGAAUUCCAUUAAUUCAUUAACGAAUAUUUAAUGUAUCUGGAACACUAAACAUCUAAAGAAAAUCAUGUCUUCAAAGCUUACUCAAUGGUAAGAGUAUUUAAUUGUUAUCAAUUAAAAUCCUGUGAAAUUGGCCCAAUU